AUGGGUAGAUUCUGGAGAUGGGUGCACCCCAGUCUGGCCGCUUCACCAGCGGUCUCCUGCCCCCUGAGCUCCACCAGGCACUCUCGCGUGGCUAAGGAGGUUGAGCUGCAGAACCUGACCGAUCGUCUGGCCACCUAUAUUGACCGUAAGCGUAACUUGGAGACAGAGAAUUCACGCCUCAGCAUCGAGCUAAUGGAGACGCGUCGCCUUCUGGAAGAUAUGGCCACGGAUAGUGUCCGUGGCGAGAUCGGUAGCAAGCGUCUGUGGGAGGAGAACGAAAGCGAAUUAUCGAGUCGCUAUACGAGGAUAAAUUCCGUCGUCUGCAAGACGCUGUUGCAUGUACAAGUAGAAGAGUUGCGCUGGACACGUGUUCAUAUUGACAAUCUGCAUGCAGCUCUCAAUUGUCGCGUACGUGAAUUCGAACUCUAUAACAUUCGCGAGCGUCACGGCCAUGAGGUGGCUCAGGAAUACCAGGAACUCAUGGACGUCAAGGUCUCAUUGGUCUUGGAAAUCGCCGACCAGCUGCUGGUCGGCGAGGAGGCGUUCCUGAACAUUACCCCAGCCGCCAGCACGGCCUCGGUACAGUUCAGGCAGCAAUCGCUGCGUACCUCCACGCGUACCCCGCCUUCACGUUGCAAUUCCUCUGGCGCAAUGAGUCGCAAGCGCUCACAUUCGUCAUUAUUCAAGCUACCAGGUGUGGAGAAGGGAUCAGCAAGUGGUUUAUGGCAAUUGAGUGACAAGGCAAAUUCACACUUGCGCGCCCUCAGUACUAUGGCAACUACGCAGGAAAUUCUUGACGGUGUUUUGUUCCAUCUCAUCUCUUCAAAGCUGGACCAUCGGAACCAGGAGAGGUGGAUGAACGAGUCCUCGCUAGCAUCAGAUGAGUCGGUCAACAUUUUCGCACAAUCCGCUGAUGCCAAGUACAGCGCGUCCCUUGUAGCUACCGUUACCCAGUCAAUCACAGAUUAUCACCCACAGUUCGACCUUAACCCAUCUGAAUGGAAGAUACCAUAA